GUGCCCGCCCCGGGGGGGGCAGCCCCGCCCGGCAGCCACGGGGCCCGGGGCAGGUGGGCCAGGCCGGGCCGGGCCGAGCCGGGCUCGGCCGAUCGCCCCGCUGGGCUCGGCGGCAGGGCUGCCCCGCUCCGCUGCGCUGCCGGGCGAUGGCAUCGACCAGCCACCGCCACCACAACAACAACAGAGGAGAAAAAAAAAAAAAAAAAAAAAGAAGAAGAAAAGGAGGAAGCUCCGUUUUACAGCCUCACCUCUUCUCCUCCUCCCCUCCAGCUCCCGGUACCGAGAGCUGGCAGAGAAAAAUUUAAGAGACUUCGCGUGUGUGUGGUGGCACUGACACUCAGGAAAUACUAAUACGGAUCAUUUGACCUUCUAAUCGCUAGAGUUGAAUCUCCUGAUACCAGAAUUAGGAGAGAGUGCCUUCAGAACCAAUAUGUAGCAAAUGGGUAUUGCACCUCCGAAGCUCCUCCCUUGGGUCAACACUUGCAUGUUUUAAGGAUCCUUGUCACCCCAGCACUGAAUUGUUCUUGUGAACUUCAGAAACAGAUUUCAUGAGGUGCUUGCUAAACGCUGAGUCACCAUGAGUAGUAAUCUAGGAAAAGAAAAGGACUGUAAAGAGAAGGAUCCAAAAGUCCCAUCGUCAAAAGAAAGGGAGAAGGAGGCCAAAGCCUCUGGAGGAUUUGGAAAAGAGAGCAAAGAAAAGGAGCCUAAGACCAAAGGGAAAGAUGCCAAAGAUGGAAAGAAGGACUCCAGUAGCACGCAGCCUGGGGUAGCUUUUUCAGUGGACAAUACGAUAAAAAGACCUAAUCCAGCCACAGGUACCCGCAAAAAAUCCAGCAAUGCUGAAGUGAUCAAAGAACUGAAUAAAUGCCGGGAAGAGAAUUCAAUGCGCUUGGACUUGUCCAAGAGGUCUAUACACAUGCUUCCAUCAGCUAUCAAAGAGCUAACGCAGUUAACAGAACUUUAUUUAUACAGUAACAAACUGCAGUCCCUACCGGCAGAGGUGGGCUGUCUUGUGAACCUGAUGACACUGGCCCUGAGUGAAAACUCACUUACCAGUUUGCCUGACUCUCUUGAUAACUUGAAGAAACUGCGCAUGCUUGACCUGCGGCAUAACAAACUUAGAGAAAUCCCUUCGGUGGUGUAUAGGCUAAGCUCUCUCGCCACUCUUUACCUACGCUUUAAUCGUAUAACUACUGUGGAAAAGGAUAUCAAAAACUUGUCAAAACUCACCAUGCUUAGCAUACGAGAGAACAAAAUCAAGCAACUACCUGCUGAAAUUGGUGAGUUGUGUAACCUCAUAACGCUGGAUGUAGCGCACAAUCAGCUUGAACAUCUUCCAGAAGAGAUUGGAAGCUGCACGCAGAUCACAAACCUUGACUUGCAGCACAAUGAGCUUUUGGACCUUCCAGAAACUAUAGGAAAUCUGUCCAGUCUAAGUCGUCUUGGCUUGAGGUACAAUAGGCUGUCAGCAAUUCCGAAGUCUUUAGCAAAAUGCAGUGAACUCGAUGAACUGAACUUGGAGAACAACAACAUUUCUACUUUACCAGAGGGUCUUUUAUCCAGCCUUGUCAAACUGACUAGUUUAACACUCGCCAGGAACUGCUUCCAGUCCUAUCCCGUGGGUGGCCCGUCCCAGUUCUCCACAAUCUACUCUCUCAAUAUGGAGCACAACCGCAUCAAUAAAAUCCCCUUUGGAAUUUUCUCUAGAGCUAAAGUAUUAAGUAAGCUGAACAUGAAGGACAAUCAGCUGACCUCUCUCCCCUUGGACUUCGGGACUUGGACUAGUAUGGUAGAACUGAACUUAGCGACCAAUCAGCUCACAAAAAUCCCUGAGGAUGUGUCUGGGCUUGUUUCUCUUGAGGUUCUUAUCUUGUCAAACAACCUCCUAAAGAAACUUCCCCAUGGAAUUGGAAAUCUACGGAAACUCCGAGAAUUAGAUCUAGAGGAAAACAAACUGGAAUCCUUGCCAAAUGAAAUAGCUUACCUCAAGGAUCUGCAGAAAUUGGUUCUGACUAAUAAUCAGCUGACCACCCUUCCCAGAGGGAUUGGUCACCUUACCAAUCUGACUCACCUUGGGCUUGGAGAGAAUCUUCUCACACACCUUCCUGAGGAAAUUGGUACACUGGAGAAUCUGGAAGAACUGUAUUUGAAUGACAACCCCAAUCUACACAGCCUUCCCUUUGAGCUGGCUCUUUGCAGCAAACUGUCAAUAAUGAGUAUUGAGAACUGCCCGCUCAGCCACCUUCCACCUCAGAUUGUUGCAGGAGGACCCUCCUUCAUCAUUCAGUUCCUAAAAAUGCAGGGACCAUAUCGUGCCAUGGUCUGAUGCUAAUCGGAUUGUCCAAUACACUGUACAAAAUACAAACUGCAUUAAUGUUGUAAUUGUCUGUAUAUGUAUAUAUAAUAUAAUAUAUCUGGUUUAUAUUAUAUUAUAUAUAUAUAUAAAUAUAUAAAUAAUAUAAAAAGGCAAAUUUAAGACUGCAUUAUGUGUUUCUGCUAAUAGAGGAAUCAUAGCCAUUUAGAUUUUUUUUUUUUACUCUGUAAAAAUGCUUGUCUAAGUUUUCUUUGCUGAAUUUGAUGGAAGUUGUCUGAAUAAUCUGGAAAUGCCAGUUCAUUUUAAGCAAUUGCCAAUGAACUCAAAGUUUAAAUUUAAGGGAAAAAAUAGUUUUGCUUAGAUUUACUUUCAGUUAAGAGAAAUGUAUAACCUUUAUAUAAUGAACUUCUCUGUUUUCCUCCCGCCUUUUUUUUUUUUUUUUUUUUGUGUCAAAACCUGAAAGGGUCAUGUGUCCUGAGGUUGGGAUUUUCUUUUAACUUAUUUUGAGAUUUGAAGCAAAUAGUGUUUUUAUAUUGUUUACAGUCAGAGUAAAUCACUGGAUUUUGUUUUAUUCCGAUUUGCUCUGUUUUAAUCAAUCAUAUCUAGAAUUUAUAUGUGUCUGCUGAUGAAUUUUUAUCAACCGGUUUGUAUACUAAAAGCAUACACUCAUCAGAAAAACUGGCAGGUGAAAAGGAUGCAGUCAAAACAAAAGAAAAAGAAAAGAAGAAAAAGCUUGAAUUCCUUUAAGUCUUGCUUCCCUGAGUUAUCAGUUGCAGGCAUAACAUAUCUGAACUGAGCCUUUUGCGGUUGGUCUUUUCUAGCACAAGUAAACCUUUUCAGAUUGGUAAAAACAUUGAGUAUACUCAGUGAAGAGCGGUUUUCAUUUUGUGAAGUAACAAGUCCAUGAGGUCUAACAGUACAGUUAAAUGGCAAGGAAAUAAUAUAUAUGUACAUUUUUAUUACAAUGUUGAGUCAUAAACUACAACAGGCAAUUUUAAGGAUUCCUUGUAGUCCGUGUACAAUAAAUGAAUGUGUCUUACUUUUAAACAUUGCAAUAUAUGUAAGUUUUAAGGUUGGUUAACAAUGUACUAUGGUUUUAUAUCUUGACUUGCCUUGUACCUCCUUCCAUUAUGGAACUUCUGUGUCCAAGCACAAUAUCUUCACACUGUGCUGUUUUGCUGCUGAACUAAAUGCACUUUUCCCCACAGCUGGGGCACUUGCUUCAAAAUAUUCAGUUCAGUAUCUUGAUUAUUCUUUUUUAACUUCAUCCUAUCUGUUUCAGUAUUAAACCAAUCUAUUAAAAAAGAGGCACCUUUUUUAUUUGUGCAUAGAUGUUGGUAGCUCAAGAGAAACACUGUAAGUAGUGGACAUUCAGUUUUAUCAUGACUUUCUUGGUUGUUUAAAAGGCAGAAGAUGCUUCAGGGAGAUUUACACUAUUGUUGCACUUGUAGGGCCAGUUUUCCUUUUUCAGGAGGGUAGGAACUCGAGGUGGUUGCAUUCCACGGUUACUCAAGCACUGUCCAGUUUAUACUCAUUGGAAUUGCUGCUGGGGUAGUAUGACUUAGAGGACUGUACCUUUUGAACAAAACCAAAUCAGCUGAUGCCAUGGGAUCUCUUUUUCACAUGCAGAGGUUUGGGGAAUAUUAUUUCUGGCUUUCAGGCAUGCUUACUUAGACGUAUUGCCUUGAUCUAUUUGCAUUCUGUUUUGUCAUACACCUUUUCUUUAACAAGGAGUAAGUUUAAAUGGAAGGCAGGUGGAGAUAUAAAACCUUAGAGGGCUUAAACAUGCUGUAAAACUAUUGUAGAUGUCACUGGAUUUUACUAAGUAAUGUUCUGUUCUUUCUCACACACUCUAUCUUCCCCCUCGUGGUUUUUUUUUUUAUUUUAUUUUUUUUUUACAUCUACUGUAGCUUUUCAGUUUAGAUUUUAGUUUAUAAAAGGCUAGUUCCUUACAGCUCUGCCUGAAGUUAAUCUUUCUUAGCAUUACGGUGUUAAAAUAUGAAGAUGCUGAAAUGCUUAGUAUCAAGACUGUAAUCUAACUUCUGAAUAUACUGCUGAAUCUGUAUUUGUGCCCUCAGGUCACUAGGGGAAACUGGUUUGAUUAAUAUGGUUCCUUAAAACAAAAGUGGCAACCCUUUGUGUUUUCAAGCAUCUUGGUCUCAUUCCCUGUCAGCUCCUCAAUCCCAUUUUUAUGAGUUGACAGGAUUGAAUUUUAGUUUGUAUAUAUGUUGAUUAUUCACCUUGUUAAGGUACAUGGUUAAUGACUGUAUGAUUGGAGCUGACCCUCUCUCACAUAAAUUCUUGUGGAGAAGUUGGCUACCAAACUAGUGCUCGUUACACUUGCUUAAAAACAAACUACUCUUUUCAUUACACUUAUAGGAAUAAAGCUAUGUUUUAAUUCAUUACAAUAUUAAAAACAGGAUAUUUUUUCAAACUAUCUUUGUACUAGUAUGGUUGUUGCAAUGCCAGAUAAUCCUGAGCCCUGUUUUAGGAGCUUAAUUUUAUACAUUCUGAGGUGAAAGCUUAUUUUUUCAGUGUCUCAAGAGAGAUUUGAAUAAAAAUAGAGUGAGAGAAGUUCUGGUACAGGAGAAAUCAACUCAGAAGGAUUUGAAAAAUUCUUUAAAAUUAUCCAGAAAGUUUAAGUAUUACAUGUGUGGCAUGGAUUGGGAAUAGGUGCAUAUAAAUCCAUGUAAGUCCAUACAUGGAUUUAUAUCCAAAUCUAUAUACAGAUCCAUAUAAAUCCAGCUAUUUUCAUCAGUCAAAACAGUCUUACAUCCUGACAUAACAGACUUUUGCAUCUCCCAGGAUGCUGGAUUGUUAAGUGGUGCAGUUUCUAAAUUGUAUUUAAUGCCUGAUGACAUGCAGUUGGACAUAUGUGCUGGGUUUUCCAUGUUUAAGAAUUUUGUUUGGCCUAAUCAAUUAAAGUAUGAAUGGAAAGAACUUCAUACUGACAGGUGUAUGUAUAACACAUACAUAUAUAUAUAUAUGUAUAUGUGUAUCUAUAUAUGUAUGAAAGUAUAGACAAAGUGGAGAAAUUAAUUCUUUAUGGCACCUUUGAAAACAAGAUGGAGAAACAGGUGAUUCCCAGAUACUUGUAUUAAGUAUUUAUCCCCCUUGCCAUACUAGGGGAAAUAUUUUAGAAGGGUUAUUGAAAAGUGUGACAAUCUUUACUUUGGGUGGAAAUCAUGACCUUGAUUGCUUGCCCAUAGAUAAAAUACAAUUUUGUAUGUGUCUGUGCCUCUGUACAUAAGAAUAUGUACAUAUACACAUGCCCUGUAAAAACACUAUCCUCAAUCAUGUCUUGAUUUAACAAGGUAAAUUACUGUACUAUAGACUAUAUAGUAUUGUGGAAGUCUGGUAAGGUGUAAAGCAGAUAAGUGAUUUGUUGAAUAAUGAAAAGAAGGAAUAAUUGCUGUUGUGACUCAUGUUGGUCACCUAUUGCAUUUAAGUUUACUAAACAGUUGUUUGGAUAUUCUUUGCAAAACCCAUUAAAUUUCUGUCUCUGGCUGUCCCAUAUUUAAGUUCAUCACCAAAGUUGCCUAGUAUAAAUGCAGUGGAAAUGCUGCUUGCGAAGUUGGGUCACACAGUUGUGUAACUGGCACUCUUCUGCUAUUGGAAACUUGUAAAUUCAUACACCCUUUUUAGAAAGAGAUUUGGGUUGUAGAAUAUUUGCUUCAGUGCCUCUCUUCAAUUUAGGUUUUCUCUGUAGUUUUGUCCAUCUUUUGCUAAUGUUGUGUGAGAAAGUGCAUGUUCAGACUUGAAGGUCGUGUUUGCUCAUGUACAUGAUUUAGUAAAUUAGUACUCAGAUUGUCUAGCUGGUUAGCACUUAAACCCAUCAUGUCACCUGGAAUUCAAGUAUCAUCUUUAAUCCUGGGAGUCUGAAAAAUACCUUUUAUUUAACAAUUAGAAAACUUUGAGAGGGUUUUUUCUGUUUUGUUUUUUUUUUGUUUGGUUUUUUUUUUUUUUUUUUGUUUUUGGUUUGGUUGUUUGGUUUUUGGUUUGUUUUUUGUUUUUUGUUUUUUUUUUUUAAAAAACCUUCAAAAUAGAUUAAAUUUCUGAAUCAGUACAAACCCACAUUGGGCAAGUCUUCAUAUCUGGAUGCAACUAAGAAGUUUCAUAUAGUCAGUAUCAUACCUUGGUUGUAUCAAAUCGGCAUGCCAGAGUAGCUUCUAAUUAAAAAUGGGUAGUUGGCAGUAAUUUGCAGAAGGCAAACUUCAAGGCACGGUAAGGACAAUUACAAACAAAUUAUAGUAUCUACAAAUGGGUUUUGGUUUUACAUUAGUAAAGAUCAGAAAAUUACAUUUAUUAUUCUGAUGUUUAGGUCUUAACCAGGACUGCACAGGACUUUUGCUGUGGAAAAUACCAAACCACACUAAUUCUGUGGUUAAAAGCUAAACAAGAGUGUAAACAGUCUACAAAAAAUGUACUUUUAAGCUGAAUUAUUGUAAUGUUGAUUGUUAUGUCUAUAUAAAAGAUUGCCUUGCUUUUUUUAUGAGAGUCAUUCUGUAUCAAUGCAUUAAUUAUAAAUAGUAUAUUUGUAAAUAAGCUGCCACUGAGUCUUCUGAAAGAUUUCUAGUAUUUCUAGUCUAAUAUUAACUUGGAUGUAAGACGUGCUUUUGCAGUGCCCUAAACUACCAGGAACUGCUUUCUCAUUAUAUACCCAUCACAGUUCAAAAGACCUGAAGUAAAAUAUAGAUUUUCAUGUAGAGUAAUUAGACGAAACUUCAAAAGUUGCAUUACUGCUUUACUCAGUCAUGUAGAUUGGACACCUUUUAUAAAGCAAAUGUUGGUAAAAUCUUUUACUUUCAUUUUUUUUAUAGUACAGUAGGGCAUAUUGUAAAAAAAGCACCCACCUUUCUCUAUGAAAGGGAAAAUAAAUCUUGGGUUUUAGUGCAAAAUGCAUUUCAACAACAACAAAAUAUAGGUAUAGAGUUCUGGUGUGUAAAAGACAGACACUGGCAUUUAAACUUCCGGUGUAAUAAAAGAUAAUGUUGCCAAGCUGACUUGACACAGAUCUAAACCAAUAUCUUUUAACUGUCAAGCUCAUUACAGUAGACACUGUUUCAGGAAGGUCAUGCUUGCAUCAUGUCCUACAAACAAAAAAAACACUAGUGACCUUUGAAGUCAGAAUAGAAGGCCUCAGCAGCUCGGAUAUGAUGAUCACAAGGAGGGCACUGGUGUACUUGCUAAAGCUGAUCACUUUUAUAAACUGGAAUGGGUCCUCAUAGAGCCCGGCAGUAACUUGUGCAAUAAUCUGAGUGUUUCUGUCCUUACACCAGAUUUCUGCUGAUUAAAUUCAGUAGCGGGUCUGACCAAGCUGCUUAAAGGUCUGUCUUUGAGUGGAGUCAUCCCUGUUCCUGUAAGUUAUCCAGCAACCCGAAAACAAGCCAAGGAAUUGGCCAGUCUCAUCACAUGAGUGGCUGUGCCCUGCCGUGAUGUUGGACCACGUAGCAUCCCUCCCCUGCCCGGCCGGGCUGAGUGGCAGAUGUCUACGGAACGUAACGGGGAUGCACAGUUCCUCGCAUACUGCUCCAGACCCCGCCAACCACGGUUUGAAGGGCUUGCGAAAAGGAAGCGGCAUCUGUUAUCACUGCAUUUAAUAACCCCUGAUAGAUUAAGCAAAUUCACAGAAGAAAGUGCUUUUUUUUCUUUUUUUUGGGGGGGGAUUUUGUUUGUUUGUUUAUUUGUUUUAAAAUUUCUUUGUAUUUCUGGCCUCUGCAACAUCCUGUGUCUAAUAAUUCUACAAUAUAAUUAUGUGCUGGGUGAAAAA